AUGUCGACCAAACGCUGCUUCCUCCGUCUCCCGCCGGAGCUACGCCUUCACAUCUAUCGCGACUACUUCCAACUCGAAGGCGGAUACGUUUACGAUGCGAAGUCCGAUAAGCUCAAGACAAGUGACGGUCAACCGAUUGACCUCGCCCUCAUAUUCACGUGCCGUACCAUCGCCAACGAGACCAGCCAUCUCCCGUUGUCCCUCAACUCGGUUACCUUCUCGAUGCUGUAUCGCGAGGAUUGGCAAAGUCUAGCUGGCUGCUUCAAUGUCGUCGCUACGUACUAUCGCCACUUGGAGGCUGACUUGGUCCUUCAUUUAGCAGAGUUCAUGACUCCCGAGAUGUAUGGACAGUUCGCUCUGAAAUAUCCCGAUUUUGCGAAUCGGCUCGAAGAUGUGUCGACAAAUCAUCGACCUCAUUAUUUGGAUGAUAAUAAUAACAAUCUCAGCCGAGUCAUGGCUGCCGAAUCUGCGUCUGGUGCUAAGCGAGCACGCGUGGAGCGAUUGAAGGGCCGUCGCUGCUGUGUCGCGGUUCAUGACAUCCUUACUACCGUCAAUCAUAUUUUCAAGUGGGGUGAACACGAAUAUGAAGGUUUCUCAAAGAUUCAUCGCGAUCCAUUUAGUAGCAGCCAUCCAUCAAAGGCCUGGUUUGGCAGUGACUCGGAGGUGCAGGAUGCUCUGUCGUAUUGCUUACGGCUCAUCGCAGACAAGAAACCGGUCCAGUUCGCGAAUCACCUACGCGGGGUCUUUCCGCACUGGGCUGGGUCAGAUAUAGUUGAAGACUUCUUACAUCUUCGAUUCGAUAACUGGGCUAUUCCAUUAGAGAGCGAGGUAAAGAAUGCUAUCAGACUCUUGGAUAUUGAUGGGAUCUGGGAGUGUCCGGACAGGUGGCAUUACGCAGAUCCAAGGCAAGACUCUGACCAUGAGUUUGACAACAGUGAAGAUGGCCAGUACGAUGACCAGGAUUAUUACGAGGAGUAUGACGAUUAUGACCAGAGUGAUGGCCAGGACGAUGAAGAUACAGCCAUUAUGGAUGGUCCUGAUACCAAUGUACACGUUCGCUCUGGUGUUUAUUGGCGAGAAAAGAUACGAUUCUCAGCUGCUGCCAAUGCCAUCCGCUUUCUGAAACGCAUUCCCUUGAGCGAUCCGCACACCCACGCCCGCGGUCUCGCUCCUUUUGUCAAUGAAAACCCCUCACUACAGAUUACCCGUCGCGUCAGCUUGCUGGACUGUAUUAUCGGAGUCUGGGAUCCCCCUUACUCUCUGGUGAUGGAUCUGCAACGUGGUGAGAGAAUACAAAUGGAACCCAUGUGGAUCAGACCUCACCUCUCUCGCAACAUUGGCUACUGGAUUAGGGAUGCCCUCGCCGCGAAGGAUGUAGGAAUCCCUGCCGAAUCCUUCACGUUUCGUCUCGAGGCAGGCUCACACCAGGACUUCUGCACAGACCUCCUCCAGCGAAUAGUGCAUCGAGAUAUCGCAUGGCAUCGAGCGUACAAGCUAUUGGACGCGAACAGCACGUUUCCUCACGACGCUUUAAGCGCCCAAGAGACCCGCAGAUGGAUGAUGCGUGACGCGGACGUGAAAGCCAUUGAUGAGCUAGUGAAUCGGACUUCUGGAGUCUUGUCUGCUGACUUCAAUACUGGUGUCGCCUUAGAUGGGCGGGCCUUGGCUAAGGAGACCGAGCAUCUCCACGGCUUUUACUGGGUCGCCAAAUGGCGUCUAAUGGAUGGCACACUCAAGCAAGAAAGCCCCCCUGGGCUGAUCUAUGACAGGCUGGCUGACGUUGUCGAGUUUCGGACCGAUGAUGGCCCUCUCGUAGCCUAUCCGGAAGCCACUUAG